CGGCCCUUCGAAAGACACAUGUUGAACACCCAGAUGCGCCAUGCACCAAUGAUUUAUUGCAUUUGUUAUCUCGCGAUGACAACCGUUCUUGACAGCUUUCAAUUGUUAACCAAGUUACGCGAGUAUUUCAUGACAGAGACUGUUUGUGUUAGUGACGUCACUGAGUCGCAAUAUACUCAGUUGCAACUGUCGAUCUUCGGGAACCUCUCUACCACAUAAUUUUGCUGCUGGUUCGAUUUUUCUCACCGACUAUAGAAUAACAUGGGUGGGAAACUUGAUAAAAACAAAAGAGACAAGAUAAUCGAAGAUGAUUUUGUAGAUGUAGACAAGUUUUCAGGAGGCUAUGAUGAAUUCGGCGAGCGGAAAGGUGAAGGAGCGUAUUUCUUCGCUAAUGGGGAUAUUUACGAUGGAGAUUGGAAGAAGGGCAAGAAGCAUGGCUAUGGAACUUAUACAUAUGCAAAUGGUAAAAGCAUUAAAGGAUGGUUUUACAAGGAUCAAUUCAUUGGAUCAGAGCCAAACGAAAAGUUAAAGAAAAAAUUGAAAAAGAAAAAUAAAAAAUGUGAAGAGGAUGCCGCAACGCUGCCUCCACCAGCAAGUCUUGUAUUUUCCUCGACCGCAGGCAAAACCUCCAAGCCCCUGCCCACAAUUCGUAAAUCCACCAGCCACGAAGACGUUUUCACAACCGAACGGGUCGAGCCCGAUGGAUUCCGACGGACGAAAAGUGAACGCCGUGCAAAGAGCGCCUUUAAGAGGAAUUACAGACUUCCCAGCAAAGAAGAUGAAAAGAUGGAACGAAAGAGAAGCUUGAGGCUAAGGCAGUCAAUCCGUGCGAAAUAUGGUUUACCAGAUCCUUCAAGAAAAAAUCCCUUUCUUGGUAGUUCUGACUAGGUGUGAAUUGAUAAUAAUUUCCAAAUGUAUUUAUUUAUGAACCAUUUAGAUCUUUAUAGCGGGGCUUUCACGCGCGCUUCGCGCGCGUGGGGCAGAGCCCCAUACCCAUGGAAUACGGUCAACCUCUUUUCGUUUGGUUGUCAC